GAACAGGGCGGGAGAUUCGGUGUGCCGCACGCAGGCUUCCCAUCCCCCAGCUGGCCUCCAGGGCUCCUUGCCUCCCCCGUGGUCGGGUGCGAAUUACUAGAAAUUGGCUUUUCCCGUUGGGGCCGAAGGUGCCUUCCCUGCGGCGGCGACUCAGCGGGGUGUCGUUCGGCCGGCGUGACGCAGCCGGAUCGGCGCCUGGCGGAAACCUAGAGGUGACUCUAUCUGAAUUUUGCAGCUGCAGAAUGUGUAGUACCUUAAAAGGUUGGCAACAAUGAGUAAACCAGAAUUAAAGGAAGACAAGAUGCUGGAGGUUCACUUUGUGGGAGAUGAUGAUGUUCUUAAUCACAUUCUAGAUAGAGAAGGAGGAGCUAAAUUGAAGAAGGAGCGAGCGCAGCUUUUGGUCAACCCCAAAAAAAUAAUAAAGAAGCCAGAAUAUGAUUUGGAGGAAGAUGACCAGGAGGUCUUAAAAGAUCAGAACUAUGUGGAAAUUAUGGGAAGAGAUGUUCAAGAAUCAUUGAAAAAUGGCUCUGCUACAGGUGGUGGAAAUAAAGUUUAUUCUUUUCAGAAUAGAAAACACUCUGAAAAGAUGGCUAAAUUAGCUUCAGAACUAGCAAAAACACCAAAAAAAAGUGUUUCAUUCAGUUUGAAGAAUGAUCCUGAGAUUACGAUAAACGUUCCUCAAAGUAGCAAGGGCCAUUCUGCUUCAGACAAGGUUCAGCCGAAGAACAAUGACAAAAGUGAAUUUCUGUCAACAGCACCUCGUAGUCUAAGAAAAAGAUUAAUAGUUCCAAGGUCUCAUUCUGACAGUGAAAGCGAAUAUUCUGCUUCCAACUCAGAGGAUGAUGAAGGGGUUGCACAGGAACAUGAAGAGGACACUAAUGCAGUCAUAUUCAGCCAAAAGAUUCAAGCUCAGAAUAGAGUAGUUUCAGCUCCUGUUUGCAAAGAAACACCUUCUAAGAGAAUGAAAAGAGAUAAAACAAGUGACUUAGUAGAAGAAUAUUUUGAAGCCCACAGCAGUUCAAAAGUUUUAACCUCUGAUAGAACACUGCAGAAGCUAAAGAGAGCUAAACUGGAUCAGCAAACUUUGCGUAACUUACUGAGCAAGGUUUCCCCUUCCUUUUCUGCCGAACUUAAACAACUAAAUCAACAGUAUGAAAAAUUAUUUCAUAAAUGGAUGCUGCAAUUACACCUUGGGUUCAACAUUGUGCUUUAUGGUUUGGGUUCUAAGAGAGAUUUACUAGAAAGGUUUCGAACCACUAUGCUGCAAGAUUCCAUUCACGUUGUCAUCAAUGGCUUCUUUCCUGGAAUCAGUGUGAAAUCAGUCCUGAAUUCUAUAACAGAAGAAGUCCUCGAUCAUAUGGGUACUUUCCGCAGUAUACUGGAUCAGCUAGACUGGAUAGUAAACAAAUUUAAAGAAGAUUCUUCUUUAGAACUCUUCCUUCUCAUCCACAAUUUGGAUAGCCAGAUGUUGAGAGGAGAGAAGAGCCAGCAAAUCAUUGGUCAGUUGUCGUCUUUGCAUAACAUUUACCUUAUAGCAUCCAUUGACCACCUCAACGCUCCUCUCAUGUGGGAUCAUGCAAAGCAGAGUCUUUUUAACUGGCUCUGGUAUGAAACUACUACAUAUAGUCCUUAUACUGAAGAAACCUCCUAUGAGAACUCUCUUCUGGUAAAGCAGUCUGGAUCCCUGCCACUUAGCUCCCUUACUCAUGUCUUACGAAGCCUUACCCCUAAUGCAAGGGGAAUUUUCAGGCUACUAAUAAAGUACCAGCUGGACAACCAGGAUAACCCUUCUUACACUGGCCUUUCUUUUCAAGAUUUUUACCAGCAGUGUCGGGAGGCAUUCCUCGUCAAUAGUGAUCUGACACUCCGGGCCCAGUUAACUGAAUUUAGGGACCACAAGCUUAUAAGAACAAAGAAGGGAACUGAUGGAGUAGAGUAUUUAUUAAUUCCUGUUGAUAAUGGAACAUUGACUGAUUUCUUGGAAAAGGAAGAAGAGGAGGCUUGAAGCUUUCCUUUAUUCUUGAACCUCCCAUGGAAGGGUCGUACCCCAGCUGCCACUCCUCUAGUUGAAAGUGUUGUGUUUACAUCUGACAUUAAAUUAUUUUUCCAGCAUACAAGAUUUAAAUUUGGGAAGAGGGGGAUGUCCUCAAUUAGAACUUUUGAUCAGCCUGGCUGGUACCGUCUAGUACUAUGCAGUGGUCCUCAAGUUGGAGAAAAUGUGCCUUUCAUUCAUUACCUCUCUGGAGACUUCUUGCUGGAAUGAACAGUGUGCUCAGGGACUAUUUGGAACUGGAUGUUUUUGAAUUAUUUUAUACUUAGAGAUAUUCUGAAUUUUUUGAGGGCCUUUUAACACUCCCCGAGCUGAUUGUUUGCAAGUGUGUUUGUUCCAGAGUGUGGAAGUAUAAAGACAUGGGCAUCACGUAAAUUGGCUUUGUUUGCUAUUCUGUGUGUCAGAACCAACGAGUGUAAUGGAGAGGGCAGGUCAUCUCUUGUUGUUUCUAAAACAACUUAAAAGGUAUAGAUUGGGAAGAGGUGAGUGAUCCAGCUUUCUCCUUUUGGAUUGAGGCUAUGUACUUGGUGGGGGCAGGGGAGGGAAUAUAUUAUAAUGCUAUUCAGUUGGGACAAUGGGAAAAACAGAGUAUAUAGGGUAUCUACCCAGCCUAGAAAGCAUAGGAACAAUACGUCAUAUAUUUGGAACAGUUAAUGUCUGUGCCAUGACCUUCAUGAUACCAGUGAGAAGCCAGGCUAGAGAAAUAAAAUCCUGAAUUACAUUUUAGUAAUUGUUUUCAAGACAACAAAAAAUAAAACAUUUCAUUAUUCUUGUAUAUUGACAUUUUUUUUUUCUUGAAUAACAUGCAGGUGAGUAGCAUAUUAAUGGCUGGCUGUAAAUUAAUCUUGAUUCCUCUGUCAAGUAGACCUAAAACUCACUGUAAGAUAUUUCAGUUUUUUCCUUGAAGUGAUGAUUUCAAGCCUCCUAAAUAUUUGCACGAGACUUUUUUCUUAGGAAAGAGAAAAGGCUCACUUUGCUACUGUUGUCAGUUUACAGUCAUCACGUACCCCCUGAAAUAUUUGACACUUGGAAAUGAAGUUCUUCCUGAAAAUAUCACUGCAAUAAAAUAUGUACUACAUCAGCA